AUGAUUGUUGAAGAAUUCGAAAAAGAAUUGAAGCUACUGGAACGUGGGAGAGAUCAUUUUUUGAAUAAAUACAAUCACAACAGACAGGUCCAGCUGAAUUCGUUGGAGAGCAACUUCAAACUUCAGCAGACUUUGCACGUGCAGAAGCACAAAAAGUACAGGGGAGAGGCUCCUUUGAAUACCUUCAAGGAUCACAUUCAACUUCGCAAGUUUGACAUGCGAAAAAUGGAAUUCACAGAGGACAAGACCGACGAUUUCCAGAAGCUUUUUGAAGCUGCGAAGAAAGAAAAAAGCUCGACGACCGUCAUCAACCGAAAGAAAAGAUACAACGAGUUCAAAGAAUUCAGGAUCUCAAGAAAGUUCCUUCAACCUCCGCCCAUGCCCGUUGCCCUCUACAUUGCUAGAGGAGAUGGUAGAACAGAUGUGACGUUUUCGGAGCAGAAUUAUAUCAAAAAUAGACUCAGAAUAAGAAGCGCAGCAAUCCGUGAAACCUCGCGAGAAAAGUACUUUGCCGCGCAUAAAGCCUACCUCGACGAUUUCAGCCAGAAACGAAAGCUAGAACGAUCAAAGUCUAUUUGCAUCCCUGGCCUGUGA